ACCAAGUUGUUAUCUUUUGUGAAAAGUGUUAGUAGAGCAGCUGAGCUGGACAGACUACUCAUAGAAUGCAAUUUUCCAUCUAUAUGCAUUCACUCUGGCAUGUCCCAGGAAGAAAGGUUAAAGCGUUAUAGAGGUUUCAAGGAGGGGCAUACAAGGAUUCUUGUUGCUACAGAUUUGGUUGGUAGAGGGAUUGACAUUGAACGUGUCAAUAUUGUUAUAAACUAUGACAUGCCUGAUUCUGCAGACACUUACUUGCACAGGGUUGGCCGUGCUGGAAGAUUUGGUACCAAAGGCCUUGCAAUCACAUUCGUUUCAUGUUCUACUGAUGUUGAUGUUCUCAACAAUGUUCAGUCAAGGUUUGAAAUAGAUAUAAAGCAGCUUCCUGAGCAGAUUGAUACUUCUACCUACAGUAUGUGCUUUUUCAUUCAUUGAUUUUAAUUCUUGUAAUUGUUUGUAGAAUUUAAUUGGAAUUAUAGUUUAGAAAUUUAUCAAUUUAUCUUAU